AUGGCGGUCAUUUACAUCGACGAAGAAGCCGGAAGCGAUCUCCCCGAGAUUCAGGGCACCGAGUCCGCCCCCUUCAAGUCCCUCCUCGAGGCCUACUUCCGCCACGGCGCCGAGUCCGAGUACCAGGUCAAGAAGAAGGACGAUGAGGAGUACAAGCCCGCUGCCAAGUCAGCCCUGAAGAAGGCUGUCGCCUACGCUGCUGGACAAAAGAAGAAGCUCGAUGCUGCUGCUAAGCGUGCCGAGAAGGAUGCUCAGGAUGAGGCCGCUCGUCUUGCUGUUCUUGAGGAGGCUAAGAAGAUCAAGAUCACCAACGACCCUUCCCUGCCCGAGCCUGUCUCGAUCGGCCUCCACCAGACCGAUUCUUCUGUGAUUGGCACUCUCCGAAAGAGCAAGGAUGAGCCUACUGAGGGCGUCAAGCGUGUUUCCGUUCAGGGCCGUGUCAACCGUGUGGCCAAGCAGGGUGGUCUUAUCUUUGUCACUCUGCGCCGUGGUGUCAACUACAUGCAGUGUCUCCUUUCUGGCGAUCUUUCCAAGACUUACGACGCUCUAACACUCUCCCGAGAAACCUCUCUUGAGAUUAUUGGUGAGCUUUGGGAGGUUCCUGCCGGUGCUCACGCUCCCCUCGACCGCGAACUCCGCGCAGACUACUUCCGAGUCAUCGCCAAGGCUCCCGGAGGCGAUGAUGCGUUUACCAACAUUGUACCUGUCGAUGGUGACAACAACACUCUCAUGAACCUCCGACACCUUACCCUCCGCCACGAGAAGCCCGCCGCCGUCAUGUUUGUUCGCGAUGUUGUCGAGGAUGCUUUCCACACCGUCUACAAGGAGUUGGAUAUCAAGAAGGUCAGCCCUCCUGCUCUUGUGCAGACUCAAGUCGAGGGUGGCUCUACUCUUUUCAAGUUCGACUACUAUGGUGAGACUUCAUACUUGACUCAGUCCAGUCAACUUUACCUUGAGACUGUCCUGCCUGUCCUUGGUGACUGCUACUGUAUCGAGAAGUCUUUCCGUGCCGAGAAAUCUCUUACCCGUCGCCAUCUCUCUGAGUACUCUCACGUUGAGGCCGAGUUGGACUUUAUCACUUUCGACAACCUCCUCGACCAUCUCGAGCAUGUCAUCUGCCGUGUCAUUGACCUGACCCUCGAGAACCCCACCGCUGCCGAGGCCAUCAAGAAGUACAACCCCGACUUCCAGAAGCCUACUCGACCAUUCUUGCGCAUGCGCUACUCUGAUGCCAUCGACUGGCUACGAGAGCGUGGCAUCAAGAACGAGGAGGGCAACGACCACACCUUUGGUGAUGACAUUGCCGAGGCUGCUGAGCGAAAGAUGACCGACGAGAUCAACCGCCCCAUCUUCCUUACUCACUUCCCUGUCGAGAUCAAGUCGUUCUACAUGUCCAAGGCCAAGGAUGACCCCCGCGUUACUGAGUCCGUUGAUGUUCUGAUGCCUGGUGUUGGCGAGAUCGUCGGUGGCAGCAUGAGAAUUUGGGACUAUGAGGAGCUCAUGGCUGGGUACAAGCGAGAGGGUAUCGAUCCUACAGGCUACUUCUGGUACACUGACCAGCGCAAGUACGGAUCUACUCCCCACGGUGGAUACGGUUUGGGAGCUGAACGUUUCCUGGCAUGGCUGCUCAAGCUCUGGACUGUCCGAGAGGCUUGCUUGUAUCCCCGUUACAUGGGUAGAUGCACCCCGUAA